GCCUCUAUAAAGCCCGUAGGUUACUCUCAUCUAAAUCAGAUUGCAAACAGUGAUCUUUUACACUGAAUAUAAUUCUGGAUAUAAAGAUGUCCCUCAGAUCUAUUGCUGACUUGCUGCUGACUGCCGCUUUACUGCACCUGCCUUUGGCUUUAUCAAUGGAAGUUUAUACUACCAGCUAUGGUGGGACUUGCAUAGGCACCUGUGGAAGAGAAAACUCAGAUUACUAUUGGUGCAAACAGAAAGGUGGUGACACUGGAUGGUGGGAUUACUGUUCCCCAGAGAAAGGUUAUGACGCCUAUUACAGGCCGUGUUUAUCAGCUUGUCAGAAGGUCACGGGUUCCAAAUAUGAGCAGUGUUUUACAGAUAAUGGCUGGAGUAAAUGUGGACAUGUGGUUGAAGAGUUUGAGCGUUACUAUACCUCAAGUAACAUACUGUGUGCAAGUGAGUGUAUGUCCAAUGAAGAUUACUAUAAAUGUACAGAUGUAAAUGGAGAUGAAGAGAAAUGCUCACUAUUAAAUGAUCUAACUGCAAAAGGAGAGCCAUGCCGAACAGAUCACCCGUGUGAUUCACACGGUAACAGUUACACCUGGUGCUACACAGAUACCAGUGAUAACUGGGAUUACUGUGGGAAAGUUAUUAGCGACUGUGAACCAAAACGACAUAAACGUGCCAAUGGAGACGAUGUAGUCUGUAGAGUCAAAGAUACUGGAAAUAAACGUGAGUUGGUACUAACAGCAGUCGAAGUGCCUGCAAGGGAUUUCCGCAAACCGUCAGUCGCACAAUUUACAGAAGCUUCCCAUCUCAUUAACACAGUCAAUGCUAAAUUUUCUUUUCCCAGUACUGCUCGUACUGUUGCCAAUUCCAAGAAUAUUAGAAUGGAUAUGCAAGGAACAUUUAAGCGUGAUGGAGUUAGGUAUAUGAAUGUACAACUUCAACUCAACGAGCCAAGGCAAGGAUCCUCGACAAGACAUUCCACAACCAUCGCUCAAAUCCUUUUCCCGCAGGAUCUCGACGUCGCUGUCUUUUCCAGAUAUAUAAGGAGAGCCCUGCAAACCAGCCUGCGUAGUGCUUACCAUGGACCUCCUGUAAGGAUUAUCAUAAACUUAAAUCCUCUUUAGCCUAGAUUAAGUAUCUUUCCAGGAAAUUAAACUAAAAAUAUCUAAUAAAAAUAUGGCUGGUCAAA